CUGGGAGGUCCUCCGUUUCUAUUCUGGGAAACGUCCCCAGAAAAGCUCAGCAAACAUCUCUGGGCAACAGGGCACCCCAGUGACCAUCUGCAAACCGCGGGGAAGGCAAGCGGAGGGGUAACCUUUAUUUAGUUCGGUAACCAUCCUUCCCACCAAGAUCCCUGGAAGCUGGGAAACUAGAGACCUAGGUUGAGGAGACUGUAGGCAAAGGACACCUAAUCUCUGGAGUUGGCAGAACUGGAGGCAGGAAGCUGGCCACAGGAUGACCAGGCCCCCCCAGGAUGCAAUGGCGCAGCCCCCCCGGCUGAGCCGCUCUGGUGCCCCCUCUCUUUGGGAUCCAGCUUCCUCUGCUCCCACCUCAGGCCCCAGACCUCGGCUUUGGGAGGGCCAGGAUGUGUUGGCCAGAUGGACUGAUGGGCUGCUGUACCUGGGCACUAUCAAGAAGGUGGACAGUACACGGGAGGUGUGUCUAGUCCAGUUUGAGGAUGAUUCCCAGUUUCUCGUUCUGUGGAAGGACAUUAGCCCUGCUGCCCUUCCUGGAGAGGAGCUCCUCUGCUGUGUCUGUCGCUCUGAGACCGUGCUCCCUGGGAACCGACUGGUCAGCUGUGAGAAGUGUCGCCAUGCUUAUCACCAGGACUGCCACGUUCCCCGGGCUCCUGCCCCUGGAGAAGGAGAGGGCACAUCCUGGGUCUGCCGCCAGUGUGUCUUUGCUAUUGCCACCAAGAGGGGGGGUGCGCUGAAGAAGGGCCCCUAUGCCCGGGCCAUGCUGGGGAUGAAGCUCUCCCUGCCGUAUGGUCUGAAAGGGCUCGACUGGGACGCUGGGCAUCUGAGCAACCGACAGCAGAGCUACUGUUACUGUGGCGGCCCUGGGGAGUGGAACCUGAAGAUGCUGCAGUGCCGGAGAUGCCUGCAGUGGUUUCACGAGGCCUGCACCCAGUGUCUGAGCAAGCCCCUCCUCUACGGAGACAGGUUCUAUGAGUUUGAAUGCUGUGUGUGCCGGGGAGGCCCUGAGAAGGUGCGGCGGUUGCAGCUUCGCUGGGUGGACGUGGCCCACCUCGUCCUCUACCACCUCAGUGUUUGCUGUAAGAAGAAAUACUUUGAUUUCAACCGGGAGAUCCUCCCCUUCACCUCUGAGAAUUGGGACAGUCUGCUCCUGGGGGAGCUUUCAGACACUCCCAAGGGAGAACGUUCUUCCAAGCUCCUCUCUGCUCUUAACAGCCACAAGGACCGUUUCAUUUCAGGGAGGGAGAUUAAGAAGAGGAAAUGUCUUUUUGGUCUCCAUGCACGGACCCCGCCUCCUGUGGAGCCCCCUACUGGAGACGGAGCCCCCACCAGCUUCCCUUCAGGGCAGGGCCCUGGGGGAGGGGUCUCACGUCCCCUGGGGAAGCGCCGGAGGCUGGAGCCAGAGCCCCUGAAGAAGCAGAAGGGCAAAGCGGAGGAGCUGGGGCCGCCCUCAGCAGUGUGCAAUCCGCCCGAGACUCAAGAGCAGAGGGAGCGGGCUUGUCUGCAGAGGGCACUGCAGGCCUCAGUGUCUCCACCACCCCCCAGCCCUAACCAGAGUUACCAGGGCAGCAGCGGCUACAACUUCCGGCCCACAGAUGCCCGCUGCCUGCCCAGCAGCCCCAUCCGGAUGUUUGCUUCCUUCCACCCUUCCGCCAGCACUGCAGGGACCUCUGGGGACAGUGAACCCCCAGACAGGUCACCCUUAGAACUUCACAUUGGCUUCCCUACAGACAUCCCCAAAAGUGCCCCUCACUCGAUGACUGCCUCGUCUUCCUCAGUACCCCCUCCAUCCCCAGGUCUUUCUAGACGUUUAGUGCCCUCUUCUCCCCUGUGCCGUAGUCUGUCUCCUGGAACUGGGGGAGGAGUCCGAGGCGGGGCUGGCUACCUAUCCAGAGGGGACCCUGUCCGGGUGCUUGCUCGAAGGGUACGGCCUGAUGGCUCUGUGCAGUACCUGGUUGAGUGGGGGGGAGGGGGCAUCUUCUAAACAGCCUGCCCUCUGCCCACCUCCCCAUUCCUACACGGCACUUUCAUACCCUGACCUCUGACCUCACCUACAGCUGGGAUGUACCUGGAGAAAUAGGGGGUCAUUCUCCCUACUGUCCAGGCUGGAAUCCAGAGGGAGGGGAGAGGCUCUCUACCCUCUUCUUGAUUCCUGACCCCUCAUCCUUCCCAUUUCCUUUGAUGUUAUUUUGUUACGGCUUUUAAAAUAUUUUUUAAAAUUAUUUAACCCCUUGGUGCGGAGACUGGGGAGGGGAGAUGAUACAAGAUCCCGGACUCUCUUAUUACUGAAAUAAAGAGAAAUAAACAAA